CGCGCUUCUCUUCGGGCACAGGCACCCCCGCGGGCCAUGGCUGCUGCUUCCCUCUUGUCCACGUUGGCCACCCGGCUGCUCCGGCCCGCGCAGAGCCGCUGUUUCCGUCAUCGUCCUCUCCACCUCUCGGCAGUUCGAAGUGAAGCGGUCGUCAUUUCUGGGAAGAAGCUGGCGCAGCAGAUCAAGCAGGAAGUGCGGCAGGAGGUGGAGGAGUGGGUGGCCGCGGGCAGCAGGCGGCCGCACCUCAGCGUGGUUCUGGUGGGCGAGAAUCCCGCCAGCCAUUCCUACGUCCUCAACAAAACCAGGGCCGCCGCCGACGUGGGAAUCAACAGUGAGACAAUUGUGAAACCAGCUUCAAUUUCAGAGGAUGAACUGUUGAAUUUAAUCAACAAACUAAAUAAUGAUGAUAAUGUAGAUGGCCUCCUCAUUCAGCUGCCACUUCCAGAGCACAUAGAUGAGAGAAAGAUCUGCAAUGCUGUUUCUCCAGACAAAGAUGUUGAUGGCUUUCAUGUAAUUAAUGUGGGGCGAAUGUGUUUGGACCAGUAUUCCAUGUUGCCGGCUACUCCAUGGGGUGUGUGGGAAAUAAUUAAGCGAACUGGCAUUCCAACUCUAGGGAAGAAUGUGGUUGUAGCUGGAAGGUCAAAAAAUGUUGGAAUGCCCAUUGCAAUGUUACUACACACAGACGGGGCGCAUGAACGUCCUGGAGGUGAUGCCACUGUUACAAUAUCUCAUCGACACACUCCCAAAGAGCAGCUAAAGAAACAUACAAUUCUUGCAGAUAUUGUGGUCUCUGCUGCAGGCAUUCCAAAUUUGAUCACAGCAGAUAUGAUUAAGGAAGGAGCAGCCGUCAUUGAUGUGGGAAUAAAUAGAAUUCAGGAUCCUAUCACUGCUAAACCCAAGUUGGUGGGAGAUGUGGAUUUUGAAGAGGUCCGAAAGAAAGCUGGUUAUAUCACUCCAGUCCCUGGGGGUGUUGGUCCCAUGACAGUGGCGAUGCUGAUGAAGAAUACCAUUAUUGCUGCAAAAAAGGUGCUGAGGCUUGAAGAGCGGGAAGUACUGAAGUCUAAAGAGCUUGGAGUGGCAACUAAUUAACUCUUGCGUCUCCUGUGUCAUGAACAGUAACUCCAAGCCGCUUCAAGAGGCAAAACAGGCCAAUAGAAAUGCAACAUCUUUUAUUUAUUCUACUGGCAUGGUUUUCAAUGAUGCUUUGUAUUUAUUGAAAACUUAAGUGGGUGGGUGUUUGCGCACACAGCUCCGCAGUACCUCACCAGGGAACGUGCCAUUAACAUGCUGAAUCACGCGUUGUAGCCAUAAGAGGAGCCGUUAGCCUGGUGAUUGCGGAGGGGCACACUGUCACAUUGAGAAUGGCUGUGUCACUUUGUCACACCACUUCAGUUACAGUUUGCCUUUUCUAAGACUGCAUUUCCCAAGUGCUAUUCCAGUAAGAGUUAAUACUCACUUUAGGUUCCAAACCUUUUGAGUUCAACGGGUCAAACCAAAGGAAGAAUGUUGCUGAAGGAGAUUAGGGAAAUGAUAAUAAUUGAGUAGAAAAAAUUUACCCUAAUUUUAUACGUAUUGGCUGAUAACCAGAAGAAAAGCUACCUGUUAAUAGUAUCCUGUUAUUUUGUAGUUUAGUCAUUGGGAAAAUGUCUAUGGUUGUUCCAUGUGCUAUUAACCUUUGUUUUAUGUGUGCUGCCAUUCAUUAGGUCUCCCCAUUUGAGUUUGCUGGCAUCGAAAGUCUUAUUUUAUAAGUAAUUCAUUUGCACUGUCAUAUUUGUUUUUUCCUAUAUCCUUAAACUUCAUUGUUAAAUUUUUGUACUAUGGUUUCUUUGGUAGAUCUUGAAACCUAUUCUUGAAAAACGAAUCUUGAGCUUGAUAAUCAUUAGGGCAGCUUGUAUAAGUAUGCAACUUCCUUUCCACCAAAGAAUUGUCAGCAGCUGCCUGCUUUCUCUGAGGCACCUAUUGGCUUUCCCCAGUAGGUUUUUGAAAGCUUGAGUUAAUAUUGAAUUUAAUCAGACUUUCUGAUUAAGGGUUUUUUGUUUUGUUUUAUUUUGUUUUUUUAAAUAAAACACUUCUGACUGGUAUGAAAUAA